AUGGUUCCCGCUGGCGAGGGAUCCUCCGGCGCCGGACCUUCAUCGGGUAAUGCUGCUCCGCCUUCAUCAGCCAAGAAAGCCAAGCGAUUCGAGAUCAAGAAAUGGAACGCCGUAGCGCUAUGGGCUUGGGAUAUUGUGGUGGAUAAUUGUGCAAUUUGCAGGAACCAUAUUAUGGAUCUCUGUAUCGAAUGUCAGGCUAAUCAAGCUAGUGCUACGAGCGAGGAGUGCACUGUUGCUUGGGGUAUGUAGCUUCACUGAAACCCUGAUUUUUUUUAUUUUUCUAUUGGCUUUUUUUAAAUUAAUCUUUUAUGGU